AAGCUGCAAUAUCUUGUAACAACGAAAAUGACAUAUACUUAACGGUAAGCGUAGCAAGAGACCCAGAACAGAGCCUUAUCCACUUAACCGCUGCUAGGACUGCAUGACCCACCUAAUUACAGCCAAAACCACCGGUCCAAGUCAACAACCUUCUCUCAUCCUCUACUUCCUCACAAGUAUAUCUACGCCCCAUCCGCUGCUUUUGGAUCGGGUCUCUAUCUAUUUCUCUCGAUCUCUUUCUUUCUGCAUUUUCUUUGAGUUUCUGAAUAGAAGGAGAUUGGAGACCAAAUCACAGAGAACUAAUGAGAAAACCUUGCUGUGAUAAAGAAGGCACCAACAAGGGCGCUUGGUCCAAGCAAGAAGACCAAAAGCUCAUCGACUACAUCCGAAACCACGGCGAAGGCUGUUGGCGUUCCCUCCCCAAGGCUGCAGGGUUGGAUCGUUGCGGCAAAAGUUGCAGGCUUAGAUGGAUAAACUAUCUCAGGCCAGACAUCAAACGCGGUAACUUUGGUCAAGAUGAAGAGGACCUCAUCAUCAAGCUCCAUGCCCUCCUUGGCAAUCGGUGGUCACUCAUAGCCGGAAGGCUACCAGGACGGACAGACAAUGAGGUAAAGAACUAUUGGAACUCUCACAUCCGGAGAAAACUAAUAAGCAUGGGUAUUGAUCCAAAUAACCAUAGGCUAAACCAGAUUCCUUCUCGGCCUCAACCUAAGUGCGACGUUUCUGCAGCUGCAACAUCUUCUGAGUCGAUGAAUAAUGAGCGUAAGCCGCUGAAAUCCUUUGGCAAGAUCGAUAGGCCGGUUUCUGACGGUGCCAGUAGUAGCCUCGAAGAUGAAAUGCCUGGUUCUUUAGACUUGAAUCUUGAUCUCACCAUUGCCUUUCCUAGUUCUCCUCCUGUUACCCUCGUGGAAGAGAAGCGGCAAAGUUCCAAGUCCACUGGGACAAGGGAAAUAUUAUUGGAAAGUGAACCAGCUCCUACCCUCAUCCUUUUUUAGAUUUAAGAUUAAUUAUAUGCUAUUUUAUAUUUUAUAGACAAAUUGAAUCAUGUUCUAAAUAUUCCUGUCCUGGAAUCGGAGAUAGAAAGAUUCAUGAGGAGAAACUGUUUGGAUGGAGAAUUUUAUUUUGGUGCCGGCAAACACUAGCCAGCGAUUAUAACGCGGUACGUCCAAGUCCUGGAUGGAAUUACAUGAAUUAAUUAUAUAUACGUGGCUAAAUUGUUGAUAAUGUUUCAGUUGUACAGCUCAGAACAUGAAAGCUCAGAAGAAUAGCAUAUAAAUUAAAUGAGAGAUGGAUCGAGUAGUAGACUAGUAAGUAGUACUACUCCAAUCAUCAGAAAUUGAUGUAUGGAAGGCACCAUCUGUCAGAGGGCCAAGAUCACUAAUGUAGGAUGAUGAUCAUUGGACUAUGCUGUAUAUGUUAUUGAUCUGUAGAACUACUCGUUAAUUAUAUAUUUAUUUGAAUGAUGAACUUCGUUAUCAUGAUCAGAAUUUGAAUAA